ACAGCAAAGAGGAGUGUAUGAGAAUAGUUGGCAAAUGUGUCAGUAAAUUAAAAAAUAAGUAAAUAAAGAUUUCAAGAAAGCUUGGGGUUCAAGAGAAGAACAUCAUCUCCCAUCCAUGAUGAGAUUAUUAAAAAAAACAUUUAUAUUAUUUAAUUGUUUUCGGAACCCAAAAAAUAAAAUAAAAAUAAAAAGGAAAGGAAAGUUUAAAGAUUAGGUUUUGUGUAAUAAUUAAACCUGCAAGAGCAGUUGGCAGUAGUUAGUCUCUGGUUUUUAAAAAUCAUAUAUGCCUGUUAACUUGGGCAGAAUUUAAGCAAGCAUAUGAUGCUGUUAAGGGUUCUGAUAAGCUCAACAUUAGCUGUCUAAACAAGUUCUGAAAGUUCUGCCCACAACCUGUUUGUGAAAAGUCCCAAGUGGGAAUUUUGUGCCUUCUGCUGGAUUUCAGUUGCCCAUAUUGAGCAUAUCACAAAAGGGUCCCUAUAAUUUGAGUAUCCUAGGAUUCUUGUAGGAUAUUAUGGUUGUUGUUACGAGGCUCUGUUCUGUUCAUGUUUAAUUACUGGGGUUUAGGGCUUAAUUUUGCUGUAAUUAAGAGUUAAAUCACUCCACACAGAUCAGUGUGUAAACUUGUUUCCAGAGCUAUACUUGUACCAAACAAAAGAGAAACCAAAAGGGAAUCUGCUUUUUGAUUUCUCUACUGUGGUUGAGCUGUUGCUCAGACAAUCUCCCCUUCACUUCUCCAUUGUCUACUUUAAGUUCUGAAAGAUUCUUAUUUUCUUUGUCUUGAGGGGGGAAUCACUUUUUUCCAUAUCAUACUCGGAAUUGAUCCUAGGGUUCUUGCAGAUAUUAUGCUUUGUACAUUGGAUUUCACCUUUUUCCCCCUUUUGGCUUAGGAUGCUGCAAUUGAGGGAUUUCUUUUGCUUUCUUUAACUUCCCUCUGUGUGAUAUAUUACUAUAAAGCCUUCCUUGAUUAUUUGUUCCUUGUUCAGUCUUGCAAGAUAUUACCAUUUACCACCAUUUUUUGGUCAAAGAUCACUUUUUUUUUUUAAAUUUUUUUUUGACCUUUAGUUAAAUAGUGUUCUUUCUGUUGUAAAAACUCAGAAUUUGGGUGUUCAAAAUCCUGGGUUUUUCUUCUGGUUUUCGUCUUCGUAAUGGGUUCCGAAGAAAUUGGACAAAGAGAUUCAAUAUCUCGAAUUAUGGGUUCUUCAGAUUCGAUGUCCGAAAAUGUUGCAGGAAUGUCAGAAUCCUUCUUAGUAGACCAUUUCCACGGUUCUUGUUGGGAUCCUAUGAUUUCCGAUAAUCUUGGAAAUUCCUCGAUUAUUCCACAAAAUGAGUUUGUUAAUCCACAUUAUCUAGUGGGGAACUCUUCCCAUUUGGCUCAUUACACAUCUGAUUUAGGUUUAGUUCUUGAUAUGGUACCGAAAAUCCCAAGUUUUGGGAGCGGAAGUUUCUCCGAAAUGGCUAAUAGCUCAUUCGGACAAAUCAACGAAUCGGGUUGUCACUCAAAUUUGGAAGAUGGUUUAUUUGGAGCUUCACUUAAUGGAAAGAGGAAAAGGAAGGUGUCACCAUCAGUUGGAGGUUCUUGUAAUAAGAAUGUUGAAGAAGAGAAGCUAAAGAAUCAAAAAACGGGAAACACGUGCGAAUUUCCUAAAGAAGAUGAAAAGAAAAACACCGGCACUAAGCAAGGAGUUAAACAAGCGAAGGACGGCUCUAAUGGCGCGGAACCUUCUAAAGAAGAUUACAUUCUUGUUAGAGCCAAAAGGGGCCAGGCUACUAACAGUCACAGCCUUGCAGAAAGGGUUAGAAGAGAGAGGAUUAGUGAGAGGAUGAGAUUAUUGCAAGAACUGGUUCCUGGCUGUAAUAAGAUUACUGGGAAAGCGGUGAUGCUUGAUGAGAUUAUCAACUAUGUGCAAUCGCUACAACAGCAAGUUGAGUUUCUGUCAAUGAAGCUUGCUACUGUAAAUCCAGAGCUCAACGUGGAUAUCGACCGGAUUUUGUCUAAAGAUCUUCUUCAUACACGAGGUGGCAAUGCAACUGAACUCGGAGUAGGCCCGGGAUUCAGCCCGUCUCAUGCUUUUCCAGGGCUUCUAAACGGCUACGCGGGCCCACCUCCACCAUUUCAUCCUUUGCCUCCGAACUUAUGGAACAGUGAUCUUCAAAGUAUAUUACAAAUGGGAUUCGACCCUAGCCCCACUGGUACCGGUUUGGGGGCAAACGGGUUGUCGAAAACGGAGCCGUGAGGUUUUUUAUUUAUUUAAAUUUUUUUAGGAAGAGUUUGGAAAUAGCUGUUUCGCGAUCUAAUCGAAAAAAAUUGUAGCAUUAAUCAGGUGGGAGAAUUAAAGAAAUUGUUUGAGGUUGUCUUUAUUUUGUCUUAGUUUUGUAUAGGGUUCGAAAGAUUCUUAACUCUUUGUUCUUCGAAGUUUUAGCAGAAGAAAAAAAAAUUGCUGUUUAGAUUCACAGAGAGAUAUGUAUGUAUAUUUAUUUAUUGACUGAGAAUACAAUUUGCUGGAGAUUGCUUGCUUCU